AGAAAUAUGACUAGAGAGGAACAGCAGGCCUCCUUGCCAGAAGCCUGUAGACUAGCUGCCUGUCUACAAUAGUCUUUUGUGUUCUUAUUUUUCUCCUGUCUGAAAACAGGGCAGGUUCAUUUUCUCCUGAAAGUGUCUGUGCUUGUCCUCUGCAAGCCAUGUGGCUCUACCUGGUGGCACUAGUGGGCCUCUGGACUCUCCUGCGCUUGUUCAGGGAGAGGCAGGUGGUGAGCCAUCUCCAAGACAAGUAUGUCUUCAUCACGGGCUGUGACUCGGGCUUUGGGAACCUGCUGGCCAGACAGCUGGACAGGAGAGGCAUGAGGGUGCUGGCUGCAUGUCUGACAGAAACUGGAGCUGAAGAGCUGAGGAGCAAGACAUCAGACAGGCUGAAGACAGUGGUCCUUGAUGUCACCAAGACAGAGAGUAUUGUGGCAGCCACUCAGUGGGUGAAGGAGCACGUUGGGGACAGAGGACUCUGGGGCCUGGUCAACAAUGCUGGCAUCUCCAUUCCCACGGGUCUCAAUGAGUGGCUGAACAAACAGGACUUUGUAAAGGUUCUGGACGUGAACCUGUUGGGAGUGAUCGAUGUGACUCUGAACAUGCUGCCCUUGGUGAGGAAGGCCAGGGGCCGCGUGGUCAACGUCUCCAGUAUCAUGGGCCGAGUGACUCUCUCUGGUGGUGGCUACUGCAUUUCCAAGUAUGGUGUAGAAGCCUUCUCGGACUCCCUCAGGAGGGAACUCUCCCACUUUAGGGUGAAGGUGGCAAUUAUAGAGCCUGGAUACUUCCUGACUGGUAUGAGCAGUAGUGACAGGCUGUUGGCAAAUGCCAAGAUGAUUUGGGACCAGGCCAGCUCCGAAGUCAGAGAGAUUUAUGGCGAGAAUUUCCUGGCAUCCUAUCUGAAACAGCUAGAGUCACUGCAACACCAUUGCAAGGAGGACCUGUCGGAGGUGACGGACUGCAUGGAGCAUGCGCUGACUGCCCGUCACCCUCGCACCCGAUACUCAGCCGGCUGGGAUGCCAAGCUCCUCUACCUCCCCAUGAGCUACCUGCCCACCUCUCUCGUGGAUGCCAUCAUCUACUGGACCUCCUGGAAGCCUGCCGAAGCUCUGUAAUGCCUAUACCUAUGUGCACAAAUUGGGAGAUAUAGGUACAGUGUGAGAGAGGGGAUCCUAAAAAGUUAGAGAAAAAAAAGAAAUUUCUGUCCAUUUUAUUUUACCAAUAAAGACUCAAGAGGCAGAUACUGGGGUGAAAACCUGCUAGUUCGGAGAGAAAGAGAAACAACCAGCUUACCUUCCCACCAAGAUCACGUCCAGAUGGAAAAAGCACAAAAUGCUCACUAGCUUAGCUGACAGCCCAGGAGGAAAAGGUCAAAAAUCCCAAGGCCAAAGUCUUGCUUGCUGAAAGCCCAAAAUGCCCCAAAAGUCAGAGAGCUAAAGUGUAAGCUAAAAGCAAAGAGCUAAAGCCCCUUCUACUUCAACAUGCUGUCUUAAGAGCACCUUCAACUCAAAAUCCCUCCUAUUCCUUAAUCCUGGGCAGCUGUUUUCUUGCUCUGUCUCUUGACCUAGGGUUAACUUUAUUAAAUCCUGUGUACGGACAGCCCUUGGAUUAAGAGUUAGGGAUGGCUGGACCAUACCAUAAUCACCUGUUUACAAUAAACAGAAAGUUCUUGGAUUAAA